ACAACGUCGCCUUGCUGAUCUCUUGCAGAACCGCGGCGCGCCCUUGUGACGAGCUGGCGGCCUUCUGCGAUGCACGAGUCGCCAUGGAUCAAGAUGUCGUGAACGAGGACAUCACGACCCUAGUAGACAGCCUUCUCAGGCCAGGCGGAAAGCUCGCUCGUAUCUCGCAUCACACUGACAUUCGCGAGGUUCUAUGCUGCAGAGCUGAUGGAAGCUUCCGCUGGAUAACGUCCCUCGCUCAAAGUCUCGCCGGACUGACCGUGCCGACGAGUCGCUACGUGCAGAGUCACCUCAAUAACGUCCCGGACGCGCUCGUUUCUCUUUACCAGAAGGGCCUCAACUCCAUCAUACCGGCAUUUCGAGAAGAUGUCGUUCGUCUACUUAAAUGGGUUAUACACACCGCAGAGCCGCUGUCUCCGGCUGAGCUUCAGCAACUCCUUCUCUUCCGUUAUGCGAACGACUCGGACAUGCCGGUGUACGAUUCGUCUGAGGCUUUGGGCCAGGAUGCGGCGGUGAUCUCCCUCGUCGGUUCGACAUUUCUGUUCGUCUGCGAUGGUGUCGUACGCCUGGCGCACUCUUCGGUCAAAGACUACCUUGUCUCCCUUCCCGUAGAGUCGCCGUUCCGCGUGGAUGAGCAGCCUGAGUUCCCACUGAUGGCUCGCACCGGCUUUGCGUACAUCAGCAGCGAACCUGUCGGCGAAUGCCCCGAUCUCGGCACACAACGCCCUCACCAUCUCACAUGGACGUGGGUCGUCUAUAUGUCGAGAGCAGACGAGCGACAAUAUCCUGCACUCGAGGGCGACUUCGUCAGUACACUGGUCCACAUCAGGGCAAAGGGCUUAAUUCAUAUCACCUUGCACGCCGCCAUACAUUUCGCGCACGCUCCGAUUGUAGGCUUUUUGUGCUACCACGGCCCGGGUGGCUUCGAGGUGGACUCCUUCGAAACCAUCAAUCGACUACUUAGCGAGACAGCCCACCGACCUACCGAGCGAUGGUCGAUUUUCCCUCGAGGUUAUUUGUCGGAGGAGCGAAUUCGGGAGCUGCUGAUCAGCGGACGGCGUUUUGUCCAAGGAAGAAGGGAUAAGAGCCGAAAGGUAGUAUGCGAUCGCAAUGGUCACACUUGAUGUUAGCUCCGCAGGAGUGUAAUCAGCGUGCAGACAUUCGUCGAAGGUCCCAGUUCGCCCACUGUACUGGUCAGUCUCAUGUCGGGAGCGGGCGUACGCGUUAUCCCGUGAUUGAUGUUCAUUCGAAUAGACAAGCCUGAUACACGAAGGAAAUAGCCUAGAUAAA